GGCCUCGAAGCCUCCUCCUCGCGUAGAAGGGAAGCGGCGCGUGUGAGGUAAACAACCCCGCCUCGUUGUGACGCUGCUGCGAGGGAGAGCAAAACCCCGCCCUCCGGCCUCCCUGCCCGCCCUGCCCUUGGGAAGAGCGAGGCCCCUCCGGGGAAGGCAGCAAGCAAGGAAGGCAGGGAAGCGGCGAGGCGGCCAUGAAGCCCAGCAAGGCGGUCGGAGCCGCGGACCCCUGGAAGGAGUGCCUGGAGGCGGCCGUGGAGCUGGCCCGGAAGGCGGGCAAGAUCAUUAAGAACGCUCUCACUGAGGAAAAGAAGGUGUCCACCAAAACCUCUGCAGCAGAUCUUGUGACAGAAAUGGAUCACUUCGUGGAAAACUUAAUUGUUUCCACUCUGAAAGAGAAGUUUCCCUCUCACAAGUUUAUUGCAGAAGAAGCUACUGCUGCGGGUUCGAAGUGCAUCCUCAGUGACAGUCCUACCUGGAUCAUUGAUCCUGUUGAUGGCACCUGCAAUUUUGUUCAUCGGUUUCCAACUGUAGCUGUUAGUAUUGGAUUUGCUGUUAAUAAAGAGCUUGAAUUUGGUGUAGUUUAUCACUGCACUGAAGAACGGUUAUACACUGGUAGAAGAGGUCAAGGGGCAUAUUGUAAUGACAAAAGGCUACAGGUCUCAAAAGUAACAGACAUCUCAAAGGCCUUGAUUUUAACAGAGAUUGGCCCAAAGCGUGAUCCUGACACUUUGAAAGUAUUUCUUAGCAACAUAGAGAGAUUGCUCGGGGCCCAAGCUCAUGGGGUGCGGGUGAUAGGAAGUGCUACCUUAGCCCUCUGCCAUUUAGCGUCUGGUGCUGCAGAUGCAUAUUACCAGUUUGGCUUGCACUGCUGGGAUUUGGCAGCAGCUACUGUGAUUAUCAGAGAGGCAGGUGGCGUUGUGAUAGAUACUUCAGGUGGACCUCUAGACCUAAUGUCAUGCCGGGUCAUUGCAGCAGGUACCCAGGAAAUUGCUACAUUUAUAGCUCAGGAAAUACAGACAAUUCACUACAGCAGAGAUGAUGAGAAUUGACAAGACUUGAAUAUUUCUGAAAUCAACAGAAAACCUGCCAUUUUGGAGCAAUUUUCUCUUCCUUCAGGAUGGAUUGCUUAUAGGGUAACUGGCUUAGUAGUGUGUUUUCCUGUACAGUCUAUAUAGCAAAUGUAUUAGGAAAAGGUUUUACUUGCAUUACAGGAAGGCGAAGGGAAACUUUUAAUUUUUGUAUGCCAUUUGGUCCCUUUUUAGUAAGAUUUUUUUCAGCUAUACUUUUUUUUAAUGUUAUAGGUAUUUCAGAUUUAGUUGGUCGGUUAUCUUUUUGAGACUGAAACAGAAAGGGCAUUUUUGUUACAAACCAGAAACAACCCUUUAUUUUUGCAGAACUCAGGUAAACUAGUUUUGUCCCACAGCAAGGGACAAAUGUUUUAAAAUGCGUGCCUAAAGUACCCUCAGCUAGCUGUACUUGAGAAAAAUAUUAUUCUUGUCUAAAGUUAGAAGUACAUUUAUUGAAAAGAUCUUUAGAUAUUUACAUUUAUUUAUAUGGUACGUGCAACAGUGAUAAUGGUACAUAUCCUUGAAUUGUGUAUUGUCUUGUGUAAAUAAUGAUUCAAAUAUUUUUAGUGCUGAUCAGAAGGUGAAAAGGGGCUAUUCCCCCCCCCCCCAAAUUCUUCUUGAUUCCAGGACCAGAACAAAAUCUUUGCAAAUUUAAUGAUAUCCAGAAAAAUCAUGAGGAAGAGAAGGACAAGAUGUUGAAUGAUAAACCUGAUAAAUUUCAAGGGUAGAUCAGCUAGCAUAUAACAUCAGUAAUAGGUCCAGUAAAAAGUUUUUUUUCCUUCCGAAAUUAAGUUACUGUAAUCCCAAAAGUGUGAGGGGAAAGCACAAAUAGAUGCUGUACGUAUUAUCAAUGGCAUUUUGUUCUAUAGAUGUAUUUAUCUUCCGGAAUCCGUGUUUUACACCCAGAUCUCAAUGGUGGACCCUGGGGUUCAUAUCCGAAACAGGCGACCCCACUAGCCUGCCCACAUGUAUAAUGGGAUGCCAAAAUUCACAAACUAUCAUUCAUUAUUGUUGGUUAGAUAGAAUAUUAGCAGAAAAGAGUCUUGCGGUUCUUUAUAUAGUAGUCUUAGCUCAUAAUGGGAGAUAUAUUUAAAGGUUUAAAGCAGUGGUUCUCAACCUGUGAGUCCCCAGGUGUUUUGGCCUACAACUCCCAGAAAUCCCAACCAAUUUACCUGCUGAUAGGAUUUCUGGGAGUUGAAGUCCAAAACAUCUGGGGACCCACAGGUUGAGAACCACUGGACUAAAUGGAUGCAUCUAACAAAUACAGGAAUACCUCAGCUAACAAAGCCUCUGAAAAAGAUGCUCCUUUUUACAAAGUCUUUCUAUCUUCUCUCAGCCCCUUUCCCUUUUCCUUCUCAUCCUUUGAGUAGCUGGAAUGUUUAGCAGCAUUAGCAUUGAGAGGGUGAUGAAGAGAGGUCAGAGGAACCGUGCAUGGUAUUUGUUUGCAGCUCAGUGUCUGCAGGAAACAAACUUUAGCUGAAGAAAAUGAAAUGAUAAUUUGGCAGUUCUACUGUAGAUCUGUGUGCUUCUCUUCUAGAGACCAGGCAAAUAGCAAAAUCCCUUAGUGAGUAUGCAUAAGCAGCAGAAUAGAGACAAAAGGGGAAAAUAGAUAACCAGCCCCCCCCCCCCCCCCAAUCAUGUUAAAAAGCCAUAGAUUCAUUGUGUGGAAAUCAUAAGGAAUAUUGAGAAUGGUGAAAGGGGAAACAAUCAUUUCUUGUUGCAUUUCAGAGAAACCUUUCAGGUGGUCUUCAGAAAUUUUGCAAAACCUUUGCUUAGUUGUGCAACCCUUACUGGACAUCAUUGUUUCAUUUCACACAUACAUAUUGUCAAUUGUGGAUAAAUUGUUUGCUGAAGCACACUCAACUCUUGUAAAUGUUUAUGUGAUAAGAACCUAUGCUUUCCAUGUUAUUUUUGCCUCUAGUACCACAUUUUCUGUUAAAGAUUUAAUGCCUAGGAAAACAUCUACUUAGUUAUAUAAUUAAAAUGCUUGCUUUGGGAGCACUUCAUUGCUGUUAGAUCAGAUCUUGCUUGGCAAAGGGACAUGUUUAGACUUAGUUGUAAUAAAUAGUAAAGAUCUGGCUGGUCUGUAGAAGCCAGGACUGAAUAUAUGAAUGAAUGGUCCUCUAUUCCAAAAGACAGAAAUCCCUCAAUAUAGAAAAGAAGCAUGCCCUGAAAGGAUUUUUAGCCCGGUCUGUUCCUUUAAGAUACUGGUUUUCCAUCAAUGUGGUGGAUUAUUCAGUAAUAAUAAUAAUAAUAAACUUUUUUUAUAUCCCACCACCAUCUCCCAAAAGGGACUCUGGGUGGCUUACAAAAGCACAUAAUAGUGCAGAAAAAUACACAAAAUUACAGUAAAACAAAACAAAGACAAUUUACAUAAGACAAACCUACAUAAAACAUCAUAUAAAUAAACCAAUAACUGUGGUUCCAACUCAUGUAGACAGGGAAAUAUUUCCCAUCUUGUCUGAUGUUUGUAUUAGUUCUUAGAAAUGAUGUGAGCUACUGUUCUUCACAAUAACUAUAGGGGUGAAAUGGUGCUGCUGAUUUUCAAAAUCUACCAAGAUAUGAGGCAUUAGCUCUAAUGUAGUCUCUUGUUUUUGUCCCCCUUUUUCCUAGAUCUCCUAGUUCUAAAUGUAGUACCUCAGAAACAAACAAUACUUCAAAUAAAUAUAUACUGUUUAGCACUAAAGUUGGGGACAGUUAGCAUAAUAUGUAAACUUGGGACUAGAUGCUUCCAAAAAAAUACAGCCUCUUCCCUUUUAAGUAGGUAGAGUUGUAUUUUAUAAAAGGCUCUUCCUGUUCUACUUCGCAAGUCAGGCAUUCAGAGCCAAGAAAGAUAAGGAUAUUGAACCAGAUAAUUUGGAGAAGAUAAUGCUGCAUGUUGCUUUGAACACUCUUAUGUGUUAAUUGAAAAAGUAUUUUGCAAAUACAAGGCUAGGGCAUUGCUAGAAUACGUUAGCAGUGCUUCUGUAAUGUUCAGUAAUCUUUUAAAAGCAGUAUUGUAUUUGAUUCACCAUUCCAUGUGGAAGCUAUAAUUAUUGUAUUGUAUUAUAAAUGUCUCACCAAAUUCAGCCCUAUGACAGGGCACUGUCACGCAUUGCUAACUGUAUUACAAAAAUAUCCAGGUGCCUAUCAAUUGUUUUGUUAGUCCUGUUCCACACAGUAAUACAGUGUGAUGAAUGUGAAUGUGUUACCUUUGUGAAAUGUCUAGUUUUCCUAAGUAUUAUGAUUUGAAUGCUUAGGAAAUGUGAUGUCUCCAAACGGAAGUUAAACUUCAAAGAAAGACACAAGGAAUGUGCGUAUUAAACCAGCUAUGCAGAAAGAGCCUAAAAGUAUGUAUGGUUGUGCAUGCAAAAGACUGUCAUCAGUUUCCUAUGCUGGUAACUUGUUUUGUUUUUAAAGGGAUUUUUAAAGCCUUUGGUUUGGGUGUAGUUAGUGGGGUGAGGACAAACUCUAAACCUCAUUGUGCCAAUACUAAAAGCUCACGUCGUACUUGAACACUGAUCCUUGCUCAUAAUUGACCUUUUGGCUUAAAGGAAUGCCAUCUCCUUUGCUUGUAUUCCUUUACCAGUUGGAGGGUAGCAGGAUUUUAAGAAAUAGGAAAGAGAUCACAAUGUUUCUUAUUAUUACAGCUGCUAUAGAAAAUCUAUGGCUGCUUAAUUUCUUCUCUUUCUGUAGUCUGUAAGAUAUAGAUCCCUUAGACAACAAAACUAGUAGUGCUAGCAGCCACGACACUAGAAGUUUUCAGACAGAUGCUGUGCCAAUAAACAAUUACAAUAGGAUUAUAAACUGUGAUACACUGCUGUCGCACAAAUAUAUAAACUUUCUGUACAUUUAACUGAUGCUUACUUAAUAGUAUUUAGCAUUUAUAUAGCACUUCGGAAUGUCCAAAAUUUUAACAUUUAUAUAGCAUUUACCAUACAAACUUGGUAAAAGUACCACCAGGAAGUCAGGAUUAUUGCUGUAUUGAAAUUUGAGGUGUAGUUCUGAAGCUGUGAGAAUAUGACUUGACUAGUUAUUAUUAUUAUGACUAAGGCCAACAAGGAAACUCACAGCAGGAGCUAAAGGCAAACUAGACGUCCCUGACUGGUAACUCAGUACUGGUUGAGUGGCGUGGAGAUAUCUUAGAGAUGGGACUUAGUUCUCAACAUUAAAUUAAUCUAUGUUUCAUAUAUACCUUAUAUGCAUAGCUUGAAGGUAAUUUUCUACAAUAUUUUAAAUAAUUUUGUGCCUGAAACCAAGUUGGUGUGCAUCAGAAAGCAAAGGUGUCACUAUCUCACCCACUAUGUGAAUAAAUUUGGAUUGUGGAGCAUCUGGGUAAAUGAUGCUCAGCCUGUAUCUAAAGACCAAGCAACAUGUUCUAUUAUAUACAUCAAGGAUCAAAAUAAAUGUUUUAUAAUGUUUUAUGAAGAAGUGAGGUGGUGCCAGUAGGAAUGUGGGGAGGAAAUACAAGGCUUAGAUAUUAGUUGCACUGCACAUAAAAGAUCUCAUGCAUCUCACACACAACACAAGUAGCUACCAAACAGACAUGAGGCUGCAGACUGAAGAUCUGAGCGAAGAAGUAGAAGUGUCACAACUACAGCCUCAAAAGGCAAAAGCGGGUAGCAAAAAGAGAAGAGAGGGAGACUGCAAGUACAGGUAUUUCAGAAUCCCCUGAAAUACAGGACACUUUCUGGUCCCAGGCAUUUCAGAUAAAUGAUACCCAACCUGUAGUAUCAGUAAAUGGAUAAUUAUAAUCAACAUGCAUUUGCCAUUUUUAAGGAUAUGGAGUCAGAUAGUGAAAAAACUAUAUCCAUAGCACCAAUAAUCGUGCUAUAAUUGUAUAGUGUCAAUUGUCCCCAGAGGAUUUAGGACUAAAGCUCCCAGUAUACAACACUAUUGGGCAUGCUGGUUAGACCUGAUGGGAGUUGGAUUUAGAUAAUCAAAGACUUACAGGGCCACACAAUUCACACCUCCGCUUUUCAGGAAAGCUUUCCCCUUGAAAACAAUAUAACAGUAGGGACCGUGUAACCAGGAUGCCACCCAUAGAAAUGCAUUGUGCUGUUGUGUAGCACCAAGUAUUUUGUAUGUAUGAAGUGUUCAGAUGCAUGGUAAGGAGCUUUUUUGUGUCUCUGUGGCAACAUAAAGAACUCUCCAAGUCUCAAGUGUGUGAAUAUUCUUUUAAAAACAUCUUAGUUUAUACUGUUUGUACAUAAAAGUUUAUGAACCUCUGUUUUAUGUAAACAAAAUGUCAUUAGCUCUUUGAAGUCUUGUGAUACAGACAUUUCUACCUCAUAGGGGCCUAUGAGGAAUAACUUAUGUGUUACAUUAUUAUAAUGCUGUUUACAGUGGUAAAAAGAAAUAUACUCCGUUGCUCAAAAUUCUUAGAAAUGUCAAAUUAGCAUUAAAGUGCUUGUGUUAUUCCAAGGACACUGAUUUGCAGUUGGUUCUGGAAAUGUUGUUUACACAAAUGCAUAAUUUACCUUUGUCACUGCUAUAUGAUAUAAUUAUGAUGGCCAUUAGUCUUUAAAAACAUGUAUGAAAAAAUUGUCACAUUCAUGGAAGGGCUGACAUACUGAAAGUUACUAACUGCAAAAAAGUCUGUAAUUCAGGAUUUUUUUCUUUUUUUGGUGAGAUCUUUAUCACAUCCUGCUUGGUUUUUGCUUUUGCUUUCUAAUUACAAGCAAGAAGGGGUCAGUUUUACUGUAUUAUUUUUUGGUAUUAUUUUUUCUAAAAUUUCUAAUGGUUAUCCAUUCUGUCACUAAUUAAGGUAGAAGAAUGAGUUGACCUUUGUUUUGAUCCAGUGAGUCCAUUCAAAUCAGAAGCAGGUUGGACUGGAUGUCCUUGUGGUCUCCUCCAGCUCUGUUUCACUUGUUUUGGUCAUUGACCACAAGACAAAAUAGCAUCCCACACUGAUUGUCCAUCAGCUGAAAUAAAGCAAUCACAGUAUUUGGCAGCCCUUGCUGUUGCACAGAUUGUGUCUACAUCAUAUUACUUUUGUGAAUCAUUAUUUUCAUUAGGACUUUUAAUUUGUGAACUUGUGUGCACAAUGACAACCUUACAAUGCAACCAAGAGCCUUUCUUGUCAAGGGGCUUUUGUUCUUUUUAUAAAAGGAUAUACACUAUGCAUGCAUAGGGUCUCCUGUAUGAAAUGGUCACUACUCAAAAGAAAACUGGAAAGCACCCUCUUGUGUUAACAGGCCUGGACCACAGCCAUAGGAUAGAUGCAGAUGUGUAUCUGUUUGAGUGGAAAGACCACCGAAGUCCAUUUGCCAUGCCAGAUGUAUAUAAUCCUCUUCUGUCUUGAGCUCAGGGGAGGAAAAAUGUGUUUCCAAAUACACAGAGUAAGCCAGCUGAAUAAAGAGCAGCACAUCUGAUGACCCCUUAAUGUACAGGGCGAGUUAAAAGUCACAAAGAGGUUUCAAUAUGUAAUAACUCCAUGUUUUUUGUUUUAAUUUACAAUAUCAUAAUUUACAAUACCGUUGUAUCAUAUAUAUAGUUGUGUAUGUGUACACGUACACACAGGAAAUACAUUACAUACAAAAAAUCAAAUCUCAAACCUCAUCCAGUACCAUAGCAUCACAUACAGUAUACGUGUAUGUAUAUAUAUAUAUAGAACCCCCUUCGUGACUUUUGGCCCACCCUUACAUUUUGAAACUAACUUCAUUAUUUUUAGAAGAGGAAAUAGAAUUUAUUUGUAAAUGAAGCACUUCUUUCAAAAAGUACCGUAGACUAAAAGGUAGAGUUUGGGAUUGGAGGGUGGAGUCACAAAAACUGGGUUUUGCAUUCUGUUCACAGGACACAAAGUUGCCAAAUGUGUUGUAAAGUUUGGAGCUGGUAGCUGUGCUUGAGCUGUAAAAUAAAGUCGGCCAGAAUCUA